AUGGGAAAUCGGCGGAUGGAAUAUGACAUCAAGUUUAAAGAAGAAGACAAAGAAUGGAUCACUUCGGGGCCGGCGUGGUGCCGUGCUUCGCGAGCAUGGGCCGCUCGUCAGACGACAAUGAAGAGAGAGGAACGCGGACUCAAGCAAGAAAUGCGCGGCCCGGUCAGAUCCACCAUCACGGAGAAACUCAAAGCAUUGGCGGACGGGGAGGAUGAUCCGACAGAAGACGAUGACAACAACGUCUGGGAGCAGAACAUGAAGCAGUGCGACGUUUGCCACUUGGACUUCAACUGCGACCGCGCAGCCACGAACCACUACAUGGGCCAGAGACACAAAGCGAUGGUCAAAAUGGUGAAAAUGAAACGAACCCGCGACAAUAUCUUAAAAUCACAAGGAGUCGAACCCUCCGAGGACGACGAAAAGGUCAACUAUCACGUCGAGUCGGAAACCUCGAGGCUCAACAAACGAGGAAGAUUAGCCGAAGAUCGAGAUGUCUUCCUCGACAAAAUCAAAGAUCUUCCCGAAGAAGAGCAAAUGCGUCUGAGAGAAGAAAGAGUUCAAAAGAUGAGUUACAAGAAUGUUCAGCCCUCGUUUUACGCGACGAAGCAAUUCAUCAAAGAAGCAUCUUUCUUCCGCGACGAGUUCGCGACCAAAGUCAGGUCCAGCUGGCAGCAUCAUCCGGGCAACCAGUACAUUCAAGAGCGAAUGAUGCGGGAUAAAGAGCGCCAGAUGAAAGGUCUUCCAGUUCCGAAGCCAGUGCAAGUGGCGGAAGAAAAUCGACCGAAGCCCCUCGGCGAGUCCUCAACAUCUGCUCCACUAGCGAUUGAAGACAACAAGGAGGAGGACGAAGAGCCACCAGCGAAAAAGUCCCGAGUGCCACCAGCAAUGACAGACAGUCUUUGCAGCGUCUGCAACGUUGAAUUCUGCGGUCCGAUUCCUGCCAAACAACACUACGACGGACAGAAACACAGGAAGAAGAUGAAACAAUACGAAGACGGGAAAAUUGAAUCGUCAGUUGUUGUUAAAGCGACGCCAAGGAGGGUUGAGGAAGCAGUCGUGGCGAAAGUGGGGAUGAACUUGGAGUAUUGCGAGCUCUGUGAGCUGAAACUUUCCGACAAUCCUGUUGCUGCGGCGAGACACUACUCGUCAAAGGAGCAUUUGAAAUUCAUGAAAAUCGGCGUUGACACUCCAGGCCUGCCUGGAAAAAGCUCAUUACAGCGGGGUGAGGAGCCCCGCCAAUUCACAGGCACUUGGGCAGACAAAGUCGAGGUAUCAGAAGUACCACAGUGGGGUAGACAGCGAUUCAACAGAAUGGGCCAUCGCAUCAAAAUGAAGGGUGUUGGAGCGGGUCCCGGAAAACAGCCGAUUCCUGGAGAAGAAGAAAGCGAAUGUCGUUUUUGUGAUAUGAAAUUCUGCGAGAAGCCCCAAGCGAUAAACCACUACAUGGGCAAAAGGCAUCAAACACGACUGAUUCAAACAGCCUGCCAGGCGCCGAGGAAAACAUUCGUCGCUCCACCCCGAGUUGGCGCUGGUCAACUGGGCCAAUCCAUCUGUUUCAACUUUUCAUGCUAA